ACAAAACUCUUCCCGCUUUGGACUAUGAUAAUCAAAUCUUGUUGUCUACAGAUAGCAUUGUUGUUUCUUCAUGCUCCACACAUCCAUGGCCGAAAAGAUAAACCCCACAAUCUCACGUGGACAAAAUGCUACCUCUGCUGACACUAACAGUGAAAAAAAAGCACACUUCCCCAUAAAACAACGAACCUGCUACAGCUUCAAGCAAAAAAUACUCAUCAAUGGCGUCUCUAUUUUCCCCUUCUCCUACUGCUGCAACAACUUUCCAUCAAGACCCUAACCUCAUUUGCUACUCACCCUUAAGACCCAUUUCAAAAAGCUACCAUUUUUGGUCUUGUACUAACCAUUCCAAGAGAAACAACACCAUUACUUGCAGCUCCUUUGUUGAUGAAAUUUCUGUUAGUUUGGACAAUUCUUUGUCUCAAUUCCCAGUUUUUCAAUCUGGGUAUGCCCAAUUUGAGAAAUUUACUGGGGAAUUGCCGGAAGAACAGAAAUUGGGGCUGUUGAUUUUUGCGGGUAUUACUUGGAUUUACUUGACGGCUAGACCUGGGGUUUUACUUGGUGCCAUUGAUGCGUAUAUUUUGGCACCUAUUCAAGUGGGGUUAGAUAGUUUGAGUGGGAAAAGGAAUUUCAAGAUGAAAGAUUUUUUGAUUGGGGAAAGGUUAGGUGAGGGUUCAUUUGGGAUUGUUUAUUCUGGGGUCAUUGUUCCCAAGAAUGUAAAUUUGGAUGAUAUUGUGAGGAAAAGAGGAUCAUCAGUGAAAUCAGUUAUCACAGAUUCAAGGUUCAAGGAAAAGGUCAUUCUUAAACAGGUAAAGAUUGGUGUUCAAGGUGCUGCAGAAUGUGGUGAAUUUGAAGAAUGGUUCAAUUAUAGGCUAUCAAGAGCAGCUCCUGAGACAUGUGCAGACUUUCUUGGAAGUUUUGUUGCUGAAAAAACUAACUCACGAUAUACUAAGGGUGAGAAAUGGCUUGUCUGGAAAUUUGAGGGAGAUCGGGACCUAGGUGAUUACAUGAAGGAUCGCGGCUUCCCCUUGAACAUUGAAUCUGUCAUGUUUGGUCGUGUCUUACAAGGAUUGGACUCAAUUCAACGGAAUGCACUAAUUAUCAAACAAAUCAUGCGUCAGAUUAUUACUUCCCUUAAGAAAAUCCAUGACACAGGUAUAGUCCAUAGAGAUGUAAAGCCAUCCAACCUAGUGGUCACGAAGAAGGGACAAAUCAAGCUGAUAGAUUUUGGGGCAGCAACUGAUCUUCGGAUUGGAAAAAAUUAUGUGCCUGACAAAGGGCUACUUGAUCCUGAUUAUUGUCCACCUGAACUCUAUGUAAUGCCAGAAGAAACUCCAAAACCACCACCAGAGCCAGUUGCUGCACUUCUUUCCCCAUUCUUAUGGCAGCUAAACAGUCCUGAUCUCUUUGACACGUAUUCUGCUGGAAUAGUGCUCAUGCAAAUGGCAGUACCAAGCUUAAGGUCUACAGCAGGCUUAAAGAACUUCAAUAUGGAACUAAAUGCAGUUGGAUAUGACUUGAAUAAUUGGAGAGAAAGGACUAGGACGAGGCCUGAUCUCAGUAUCCUUGAUCUCGACUCUGGUAGAGGGUGGGAUUUGGCUACGAAACUUAUUUCAGAGAGAGGUAGACGUUUAUCUGCUGCUGCAGCUCUUAGACAUCCUUAUUUCCUUCUAGGUGGUGACCAAGCUGCUGCAGUUCUCUCAAAACUUAGCUUCUCAAAAUAGGAGCACAACUUGAUGAUGCAAGUAGAACAUGUUGUGCUUGAUACUUGUUUCCCUCCUUGUUCUGCGGAUAUUCUUUUUGGUCUGAGACGUCUUCUCCUCGUUAUUAUAUGGAGUGAUUUAUUCUCCAUUUGUGCAGUUUGCUUCACAAGUUUCAAGUUUCUUUUACUGAUGAGCAGCUGCAUAGAGUCAUGAAGUGGUUCCAAACCUGAAAAUAAGAGAAGAUGCUAACAGGGCACAAUGACCUGCUAUUCUUUAGCUCUUUCUGCUGGAUGGUAUUAUGGCCAAAGUAUUUAUAAGAUCCAGAAAGAUAUUUGUAGUUUCCUCUUAUUGUUAAGGUAAAGAAAAAUCGGAAAUCAUACACAAUUACUUCUAACACUUUGUUGAAGGACAAGAAGAACUUUCAGCUUGUAGCAGUCAAGUUCUUUUUCCCUGCACGGCUAGCGCGAUCAGUAAGAAAUGUAUAAAAUUCUACAGUUAUAAAGAUCACCAUUUGCAGAGCUGCAA